AUGGAGCCUAGUCUCUCUUCUUGCCCUCAAUUGAGGGAUCCUGGAUUUCGUGUCGGCACUUUGACCCUAUGGAACUCUACCACUAACGAGACCAGUCAGCCGCUGGACGUCUACAGCAACAAUGAGGUCUACAUCGGGAGAGCCCUAGGAAGCUGUCAGUUCCAGAUCCAGAAUCCUUUCGUCUCGAACAAGCACGUUCGCAUCUACACCAUCCUUUUCGAUCAAGACAAUCCACAGGACAUACCUCCACUUGUGUAUGCGCAGGACCUGUCACUAAACGGGACCUUGUGGAAUAAUUACCCGAUGGGUAAAAUGAACGGCAGCUUCUUGUUGAGUGAUGGCGAUGUCCUUGGGGUAGCAGUCGGGAUUCAUGUUCGGUUCCAGUCUUCUGAGAUUACCCAAGAGAACGGGUUUUCUUACCUGCAGCAACUCGAAAUGCAUGAGUUCAACGACAGCUAUGUCAUCACGCAGCGCCUGCUUGGCUCUGGUGCUUAUGGGAGGGUGCACAUGGCCUUUAAGGUGGAUACCGGUCAGCAGUUUGCUUGCAAGGUUGUCGAUCUCCAGGCUAUUAAAGCUACACUCCAGGCGGAUAUGGGCGGAGAACAGAAGUCCAAAUUCUUCGCUGCGAAAGCUGCCCAAGCCAAGGCCAUAACAACAACACGCAAGAAUCGUCUGAAGGAAAACAUCGUUCGGGAAAAAAUGACUAUGCAUCGGCGGGAGUCGCUCCUUCUGGCAGAGCUAUCUCAUCCGAACAUCAUCACCACUCAAAAGGUUAUUCAAUCAAGCAAUACAAUUUACAUGUUCACCGAACUUGUGACUUGUGGCGACCUUUUCUCUUUCCUCCGAUACAAAGGUGGCCAACUCGAAGAUACCACUGCUGCAAUGAUCAUCCGCCAAAUCUUGCUUGCCUUGGAGUACCUCCAUGACCGAGAUAUCGUGCACCGGGAUGUAAAACCGGACAACGUUCUUAUGACCUCACUUGAAAUCGGUGGCAGGGUUGUAUUGACUGAUUUUGGAUGCGCAAGACUGGUAAACCAGUCAGUCCAGCGAAUGACGAGCGUUGUCGGGACACUUGAAUACUGUGCGCCAGAAUUGCAUCCCACCAACAAAAAUGGCUACACCAAAGCUGUUGAUAUGUGGUCCCUGGGCUGCGUGACUGCUGUUUUACUAAUCGGGAAUACUCCAUUUGAUGACCCAUGCCGGUCCACAUCAAAGGAUCUCAUGAAUCUGGAAUCUGAAAUGAGGAAACUUGAGAUUAGCUCACGACCAAAAGACUUCAUUCGCCGUUUGCUUGUUCGGGAUGAAACCCAGCGAAUGGACGUGAAACACGCGCUCCGGCAUAGCUGGUUUACCGACCCAGAAUGCAAAAGUCGGUAUGAAGAAAUAUACAAACGCUCAAUUCAAAGUUGGAAUCCGAGAAGCUCCAGUGAACCUGUCAUCGUCGAUCUUGCAAGCUUUAAGGGUCCUCCUGCCAGUCAACGAGUGCCACCGGAAUUUGCAUCCGGUUGGCCGCCCAACGAAUGCGCCCGCUUCGCCGAUGUUGACCAUGUAUCCGAAAGCUCUUCGGAAAACAUUUCACCUGGAGAGAUGAGGCCAUUGGUAUCGCCUGUUAUCUCAAGAUUCGCACCCACAGCAAAUGCGUCAAAUCAUUCGUCCCUCGUCGCAACAGAUCGAACACCGCCAAAGGAACCGAAAGGGUUCCAAAAAGUCCGUUCACAAGGUACAGCAGAUGAUGAGGUCAAAUUCGUCAGCCAGGUCAAACGUGAGCAACUAGAAAGACAUGUUCUGUACGUGACAUCCUCUGGUACAGCCAGUGUUCCGAGAAGUGACGAGAAUAGCCUGCAAGUACCCCAUGGAGGAAAGCAGGUCCCACGGGAUGAUUCUGCUUUGGUUAACGAGACCAGCAGACAAAACCUCUUUCUAUCCCCCCGAAGCAGUCACUUGCCUUCCAUUCGUCCUGCGCAGGCACCUGCUACACAUCAGGAGAUCAAAGAUGAGACCGACGCGUACGACGAAGUGUAUGAAGAAGUGUGCAACCUCGUGACAGGCAAGCGGAAGCGAUGCAUCUAUGGCCCAAGUGGGGGCUCGUUGAGCCAAAUGCUCUAG